GCGGACGGGGGCGGGGCGGCGGCGGCGGUUGAAAGCGGCGGCCAGAGCCCUCUCGCGGCCGUGGCUGCAGCAGCGCCAACCCCAGCAGCAGCCUGGCGGCCACCGCCGCCUCACACUCCCGCCGCCCGGCCCGACAUGAGUGAGGCGGGUCGGGUGCCCUCGCCCGCCGCGUCGCCGGCGGUGGCGACGGCUGCGCCGGAGGAGAAGAGAGGGAAGGAGCCUGAGCGCGAGAAACUGCCGCCCAUCGUGUCGGCGGGCGCCGGCGCGACUGCGGGUUUGGACAGAGGAGCCAAAGGACAAAUUCCCACUAUCAGCAGUUUUAUUUCAACUGUUAGCCAGAAGAAAGAAGCUGCUGAAAACAGAAGUUCACCUACACAUCUUGUUUUCCCUAACAUCAAGAAUGUGAGAGACCUACCACCUAUUUGUCUCGAUGUUAGACAAAAACAGCGCAUCUCUAUAGAUGCAUUUUCAUCUGAAAUGAAGGCCCCAGUCCUUCCAGAAUCUACCAUUCCUAUCCAGCCCAAAACUAUGAAAGAGUUUCAGGAUGAUAUAGAAAAAGUUAAGUCAUCAGGAGAUUGGAAAGCAGUACAUGAUUUUUAUUUAACAACGUUUGAUUCUUUCCCAGAACUAAAUGCUGCAUUUAAGAGAGAUGUGAAUGCCUCAUUUAAUACCAUUGAAGACUCUGGGAUUAACGCUAAAUUUGUGAAUGCUGUAUAUGAUGCUUUACUUAAUACUCCUCAAGACAUUCAGAAGACAGUGUUAAAGGGAAUCAUUAACAACCUGUUAAGAGAAUGGAAAGGUCCACGAACAAAAGAUGAUCUUAGAGCAUAUUUUAUACUUUUACAGAAUCCUCAAUUUAAUAACACAUCUACGUAUGUCAUCUAUGCUCACUUGCUACGACAGAUAGCUACCUUAGUGGAAGCUGACCAUCAUUUCCUAAUUCACUGGUUUAAAAAAUUAUCCCAGAAGAGGUUCAAACAAUUGGUAGAGAGAUUGCUGCAAUUUAUUUCUUUACGCCUGUUUCCCGCCAAGCCUGAAGAAUUUCCACCUAUAACAAAGUGUUCCUGGUGGAUUCCAUCAGCAUCUAAAGUAUUGGCUUUACUUAAUACUGCAAACAAUUUGGUUCACCUUCCCCUUAUUCCUUAUACUGAUUUUUAUAAUUUUACAUUGGAUCAUAUUGAUCUCAUGGAAGAAUAUCAUACGUGGCAGAGCUUUGGAAACUCUCACAGGUUUUCCUUCUGUCAGUACCCAUUCGUUAUUUCUAUAACUGCAAAAAAAAUCAUUAUUCAAAGAGACUCAGAACAACAGAUGAUAAGCAUCGCAAGGCAAAGUCUGGUGGACAAAGUAUCUCGAAGACAGAGACCUGAUAUGAAUAUGUUGUUUCUAAAUAUGAAAGUAAGGCGGACACAUCUGGUUAGCGAUUCACUUGAUGAGUUAACCCGGAAAAGAGCAGACUUGAAAAAGAAGUUGAAAGUUACAUUUGUAGGGGAAGCUGGUUUGGAUAUGGGUGGUUUGACUAAAGAAUGGUUUCUUCUUCUAAUUCGUCAAAUAUUUCAUCCAGAUUAUGGCAUGUUUACAUAUCACAAGGAUUCACACUGCCAUUGGUUUAGCAGUUUUAAAUGUGAUAACUAUUCUGAAUUCCGAUUGGUUGGUAUUCUUAUGGGACUAGCUGUUUAUAACAGCAUCACCUUGGAUAUCCGCUUCCCUCCCUGCUGUUACAAGAAAUUAUUGAGUCCUCCCAUCGUUCCCAGUGAUCAAAAUACAACAGUAGGCAUCUGCAAUGUUACCAUUGACGACUUAAGUCGAAUUAUGCCUGAGUUGGCCCAUGGAUUAAGUGAACUCUUAUCACACGAAGGCAAUGUUGAAGAAGAUUUCUACUCAACAUUCCAGGUUUUUCAAGAAGAAUUUGGAAUAAUUAAAUCCUAUAAUUUAAAGCCAGGUGGUGAUAAAAUUACAGUUACCAAUCAAAAUAGAAAAGAAUAUGUGCAGCUUUAUAUUGACUUUCUUCUCAACAAAUCCAUCUAUAAGCAGUUUUCUGCAUUUUAUUAUGGAUUUCAUAGUGUGUGUGCUUCAAAUGCACUGAUGCUGCUUCGUCCGGAAGAGGUUGAAAUCCUGGUCUGUGGAAGUCCUGAACUGGAUAUGCAUGCUCUGCAGAGAAGUACUCAGUAUGAUGGCUAUGCAAAAACUGACUUGACUAUAAGAUACUUUUGGGAUGUUGUGCUUGGAUUUCCUCUUGAUCUUCAAAAGAAGUUGCUACAUUUUACUACAGGAAGCGACAGAGUACCUGUAGGUGGGAUGGCUGAUUUGAACUUUAAAAUCUCAAAGAAUGAAACUUCUACUAACUGGUUACCUGUGGCCCAUACCUGCUUCAAUCAACUUUGCCUUCCCCCCUACAAGAGCAAAAAAGACCUGAAACAGAAAUUGAUCAUCGGAAUUUCAAAUGCGGAAGGUUUUGGACUUGAGUAACCGAAAUGACUUGAAAUAUAAUAUUUUAUAUGUAGCAUUCACUUCCCUCUUAUUGUGCCUUUAACCUUUUUGUGUUUCUGUCUCAAACACCUUGACAAAGCUUGCCAAUUUUAAAACACUGAUUUUUUAAAAAAUCAAAUAUGAAAUAUGUUCAGUGAAGGCAUGAUUUUCUAAAAACACAGAAAUUGCUCAACUGAGGAAUAUAUCAGAUAGCAAAGACAGAUAUGGGUCCAGUCCCUCUUUUUUAUAGCACUUUAUCAUGCUCCACAAGUAGUUUGUCACAGGUGUUCCACUGGGAAAGGAGAGUAUGGUGAGGAAUGCAUUUAUGACAUAGUCAACCCAGUGGCAGAUUGUGUGUUACUAGCACACAGUAGCAAAGCAGAUAGCUACAUUAUCAUUAAUAUAAGGCAUGUAGCCAUAUUUUCAUAUAGAGGUAAACAGUAUAAUUGCAAAUGCAAUUUACAGGGUUUUUUGAUAUAUUGGCAUUGGUCCUAUAAGAUUCUUUUCAACUGUUGCUGAAAAGCAUGUAAAUAACUACAUAGCCUGAGAAUAAUGGGAUUUUGAUAGUGCCAUUUAUUGCUAAAGAUUUAUUUUUACAAAGUAAAUUCAGGGUUUUAGAUGUGUAUACAGCUUUUACAAAUUAAUAAAGAUUGUACAAGAGUGUAACUAUUUUCCGAUUAAUUGGAUUCAAGGUUAUGUUCUUUUAAGUAUUAUUAGUCUGCAUGCUCAUUGCAGUAAACUAGUUCUUUGAGUACCGUGUCUGUAAUAUUUGUAUAAUCAUUUCUUAUUAAGAUCAGGAUAUUAGAAAAUAAAUCAGAUCUAACUAAUCAUUGUUUAAGUCAAUUAUAAGCACAACGGAAAAGAACUGUUUAUAUAUAUAUAUAUAUACAUAUAUAUAUUUUGAUUGAUAUAUAAGGCUUGUUUCUAACAUUUUUGAUUACCAGUUGUCCUGAAACACUAAUUUUUGGAAAAGUUAGGAUAUAGUAUUUGACAAAAGUGAAUACAAUAAUAGCAUUUGUGUCAAAAUGAUGUAGCUUGGUAUAAAAAUGGAGUUCAUCGUUUUGGCCAAAUGUUUGUUUUUCACUGGAUUAUGAUUGUAGUAAAUUCAAAAGUACUUUUUGAGUGUUCUAAUAAAGUAGCAUGUGAAAAGAAACUACAUUUUAAGUCAGAUAGUAAAUGGUUUUUUUUUAAUUUACAGUAAAUGAAGCAGUUUUAUUAGCAUGUUAUAAAUGUUUCCAAAUCAAGACUUCUCUCUUAUACUUUGAUAGCCUUCCUUCAGAAAACUCUGAAGUUAUAUUUGCAAUAAUAAUGAUGCCAGCAUUUAGUACCAGCAUAUGGUUCACAUGCAAAUAAAUAUUUUCCGAUUUUUUUUCUGAGUUAGGCUAUUUUCUUGUUGCUGUGCUUCCUGUACCCAACCAGCAAAAUUCUUCAAGGGUGAAGAAACUAAUCUACAAUUAUGCAGCCAACCCACAUCUCUUUGAGAAAAAGGAGUUUCUUAGUUUUACUAUUCUCUUUCAGCGGAAGUAACUUCUGCUUUUUCAUAUGGGUUAUACUCUUUAAAGCGUUUUUCUUCUUAAAAAUCUUGAAGCAUUAAAGGCAUAUGGUUUUGUUUUGUUUUGCUCUGUUUUUAAUCCAUGCAAAUAAAACUGCUUCUCUCUUACACUGCUUGAACUAGAAAGUAAGAUGCUUAAUGUAGGUUGCUACUAACUAAUAAGCACAAAAGAAUUGUGUAAAAGAAACCAGAUUUAAUUGUUUUAAAUAAAAUGUAAACAAAGUUUUUAUUUGGUAGAGAUAACUCAUGGAAGAAAUGUGUUGGCUUGGUCUGCAUGUUUAAUGAUGUGCUUGUAUAUUGAUAGCUAAAUCACUUUUUAAAAUAAGAAGUACACAAGCAAGCCAAAUACAAGUCCAUAAAUAACUGGAAAAUUUUUGUUGUCUGUUGUUAUUAAGUUGAAAUUUAUAACCAUUUAUCACUAAAUUGCACAUUGCCUUUAUUUAUUCUGUUUUUGGUUUACAGUGUAAUAAUACCUCAUUUUUAAAAAAGAAAACACUACUGUUAUAUUUCAUUAAUUUAAACAGCCUAGGAAAUUCAUGUAGUUACUUUUUUAUAUAAUCUGUUAAUGAAUUCCUGAUUUUUGUAUCUGCCACAGUAAAUUAAAGCAUUGCACAGUGCUUAUCAGUAUUUACAAAAUGUUUUGUCCUUUUUAAAUCUUUGCUUAACCAUAUUUUUGUCUGUAUGAUCAGAAAUUUUUAACAAUCCCUCUUUUUGAACAAAUCU